AUGAAUAUAUAUAAGCCUCAUUGCCUUUCCACUCCGAUUCACGUUCCAUUCCUUUUAAACCGUCAAGUUUGUCAGAUUCUGGAACAGAAGACGAUGAUGUGGCCUUUCAGCAGAAAAGGGCCAUCUGGGUUUUCAUCCUCUUCUACUGCUGAAGAUGUUACCCAGGGGAUUGAUGGCUCUGGUCUCACUGCCAUUGUUACCGGGGCUUCGAGUGGGAUUGGUGCUGAAACUGCCCGUGUUCUUGCACUGCGUGGUGUAGAUGUUGUAAUGGGUGUGAGGAACAUGGCGGCUGGGCAGGAGGUGAAAGAUUCAAUUCAUAAGGAAAUUCCUGCGGCCAAAGUUGAUACCAUGGAGUUGGAUCUCAGUUCUAUGGCAUCUGUUAGGAAGUUUGCAUCAGACUUUAAUUCUUCGGGCCGUCCCUUAAAUAUUUUAAUUAACAAUGCAGGAAUCAUGGCAAACCCGUUUAAGCUUUCCAAGGACAACAUAGAACUACAGUUUGCCACAAAUCACUUGGGUCAUUUCCUCUUGACUCAUCUGUUAUUGGACACAAUGAAAAAAACAUACCAUCAAACAAAGAAAGAGGGAAGAAUAGUAAAUCUUUCAUCCGAGGCUCACCGCACUACCUAUAAAGAAGGUGUUCGCUUUGAUAAGAUCAAUGAUGAAGAGGGGUACAAGAGGUGGCUUGCAUAUGGUCAAUCAAAGCUCUCAAACAUACUGCACGCAAAUGAGCUUUCGAGACGCUUGAAGGAAGAUGGGGUUGAAAUAACUGCCAACUCGCUUCAUCCAGGAGUGAUUGCAACCAAUCUUUUUCGUCAUUUUGGGGUUUUUGGAGAAAUUGUGGGUAAGCUAGGAAAGCUUGUUUUGAAAACCCCGCAACAAGGAGCAGCCACAACAUGCUAUGUAGCAUUAAAUCCACAAGUGAAGGGGAUAAGUGGCGAAUACUUUUCAGACAGCAACAUAGCAAAACCAACCUCCAAGGCAACGGAUGUCGAUUUGGCAAAGAGACUCUGGGAUUUUAGCAUGGAUCUCACGAAGCCAUAA